CCUUAUCCUUCAAAGUUGUUCAAUCAAUAUCACUCCCCAACUCACUCACCCGAAAAAGCCAAAGCCUUCACUCAACCUCUGCUCUUUUCUUUUGCUGCUACUGUUCUCCAUUCAUCAUUCCGCCGUAUCUCCUCGUGUGAUCCCAGCAGUAUCCUCUUUACUCUCAGAUUCACCAUGGGUGCUCUCGAUCACAUUUCUGAACUUUUCGACUGCUCCAGUGGAAGGUCCAAGCACAAGAAGCGCAAGCAAUUGCAGACGGUUGAGGUCAAAGUGAAGAUGGACUGUGAAGGAUGCGAGAGGAAGGUGAAGAAGGCGGUGGAAGGCAUGAAAGGCGUGAACCAAGUGGACGUGGAACGAAAGGCUAACAAAGUAACCGUCACCGGCUACGUGGAGCCGUCGAAGGUGGUGGCUCGGAUAGCUCACCGGACCGGUAAGAAGGCCGAGCUGUGGCCGUACGUCCCGUAUGACGUGGUUGCCCACCCUUAUGCUCCCGGCGUCUACGACAAGAAAGCGCCGGCUGGGUACGUGCGAAGCGCUGAAGAUCCAUACGUGUCUCAGCUCGCACGUGCGAGCUCCACGGAGGUGCGUUACACGACGGCUUUCAGUGAUGAGAACCCCGCCGCUUGUGCCGUCAUGUGAUGCAUGUGUUUCGGUCACGGCCUUUGCUUCGCUGUUGUUGACUUUGUUUUGAGAUUUCUGUAUGUUAAAUUCCUAUAGAGUAGUUUGCUAAAGAGAUUGGUGAUCUUCAUAUAUGUCUUGAUUUUGACUGUAUAUCAUUAAGAAUUUUGCUUUGAUGAA